GCCCGGGCGGUAGUGGCAGUGCGCGGGAGCAGCGCGCGGGAGCGGCGCGGGCUGGGGAGCAGAUAUAGCCCAUAUGAACUAAAGGAAUCCUGAAACCAAAAUGCUCAAGAAUGGAGUAUGGUGUUUGAACUUUCUACCAAUUCCAUUUGUCUGUGGUGAUACCUGCAUAAUAAUCAUGGGCCAGACUGGGAAGAAGUCUGAGAAGGGACCAGUUUGUUGGCGGAAGCGCGUGAAAUCAGAGUACAUGCGACUGCGACAGCUCAAGAGGUUCAGGCGAGCCGAUGAAGUGAAGAGUAUGUUUAGUUCCAAUCGUCAGAAAAUUUUGGAAAGAACGGAAAUCCUAAACCAAGAAUGGAAACAGCGAAGGAUACAGCCUGUUCACAUCCUGACUUCUGUGAGCUCAUUGCGCGGGACCAGGGAGUGUUCGGUGACCAGUGACUUGGAUUUUCCAACACAAGUCAUCCCAUUAAAGACUCUGAAUGCAGUUGCCUCAGUACCCAUAAUGUACUCUUGGUCUCCUCUACAGCAGAAUUUCAUGGUGGAAGAUGAAACUGUUUUACAUAACAUUCCUUAUAUGGGGGAUGAAGUUUUAGACCAGGAUGGGACUUUCAUUGAAGAAUUAAUAAAAAAUUAUGAUGGAAAAGUACACGGGGAUAGAGAAUGUGGGUUUAUAAAUGAUGAAAUUUUUGUGGAGUUGGUGAAUGCUCUUGGCCAGUACAAUGAUGAUGAUGAUGAUGAUGAUGGAGAUGAUCCUGAUGAAGGAGAAGAAAAACAGAAAGAUCUGGAGGAGAACAGAGAUGAUAAAGAAAGCCGCCCACCUCGGAAAUUUCCUUCUGACAAAAUUUUUGAAGCCAUUUCCUCAAUGUUUCCAGAUAAGGGCACAGCAGAAGAACUAAAGGAAAAGUAUAAAGAACUCACUGAGCAGCAGCUCCCAGGGGCACUGCCUCCAGAAUGUACCCCGAACAUAGAUGGACCAAAUGCUAAAUCUGUUCAGAGGGAGCAGAGCCUGCAUUCAUUUCACACACUCUUCUGUAGGCGAUGUUUCAAGUACGACUGCUUCCUACACCCUUUUCAUGCAACACCUAACACUUACAAGCGGAAGAACACGGAAACAGCUCUGGACAACAAGCCUUGUGGACCACAGUGUUACCAGCAUUUGGAGGGAGCAAAGGAGUUCGCUGCCGCCCUCACUGCCGAGCGGAUCAAGACGCCCCCCAAACGCCCAGGAGGUCGCAGACGAGGGAGGCUUCCCAACAACAGCAGCAGGCCCAGCACCCCCACCAUUAAUGUGCUGGAGUCAAAGGACACGGACAGUGACAGGGAAGCUGGGACCGAAACAGGUGGAGAGAACAACGAUAAAGAAGAGGAGGAGAAAAAAGAUGAAACUUCGAGUUCCUCUGAAGCAAAUUCUCGGUGUCAAACGCCAAUAAAGAUGAAGCCGAACAGUGAGCCCCCUGAGAAUGUGGAGUGGAGCGGGGCCGAGGCCUCCAUGUUCCGGGUCCUCAUCGGUACCUACUACGACAACUUCUGCGCCAUUGCCAGGUUAAUUGGGACCAAAACAUGUAGACAGGUGUAUGAGUUUCGGGUCAAAGAGUCCAGCAUCAUAGCUCCAGUUCCCGCUGAGGAUGUCGAUACUCCUCCAAGGAAGAAGAAGAGAAAACACCGGUUGUGGGCUGCACAUUGCAGAAAGAUACAGCUGAAAAAAGACGGCUCCUCUAACCACGUUUACAACUACCAACCCUGUGACCAUCCACGGCAGCCUUGUGACAGUUCGUGCCCUUGUGUGAUAGCACAGAAUUUUUGUGAAAAGUUUUGUCAGUGUAGUUCAGAGUGUCAGAACCGCUUUCCUGGCUGCCGCUGCAAAGCACAGUGCAACACCAAGCAGUGCCCCUGCUACCUGGCCGUCCGGGAGUGCGACCCCGACCUGUGUCUGACGUGUGGAGCUGCUGACCACUGGGACAGCAAGAACGUGUCCUGCAAGAACUGCAGCAUCCAGCGGGGCUCUAAGAAGCAUUUAUUGCUGGCACCAUCUGAUGUGGCUGGCUGGGGGAUUUUCAUCAAAGAUCCUGUACAGAAAAAUGAAUUCAUCUCGGAAUACUGUGGAGAGAUAAUUUCUCAAGAUGAAGCCGACAGAAGAGGCAAAGUGUAUGAUAAAUACAUGUGCAGCUUUCUCUUCAACUUGAAUAACGAUUUUGUGGUGGACGCAACCCGUAAGGGUAACAAAAUUCGUUUUGCAAAUCAUUCAGUCAAUCCAAACUGCUAUGCAAAAGUCAUGAUGGUGAACGGUGAUCACAGGAUAGGGAUCUUUGCGAAGAGAGCCAUCCAGACUGGUGAAGAGCUGUUUUUUGAUUACAGAUACAGCCAGGCCGACGCCCUGAAGUACGUGGGCAUCGAACGUGAGAUGGAGAUCCCUUGACGUCUGCUACCUCCUCCCCGCCUCCUCCAAAACAGCUGCCUUAGCUUCAGGAACCUCGAGUACUGUGGGCAAUUUAGAAAAAGAAAAUGCAGUUUGAAAUUCUGAAUUUGCAAUGUACUGUAAGAAUAAUUUAUAGUAAUGAGUUUAGACAUCAACUUUUUAUGCCUUCUCACCAGCUGCAAAGUGUUUUGUACCAGUAAGUUUUUGCAAUAAUGCAGUAUGGUACAUUUUUCAACUUUGAAUAAAUAAUACUUGAACUUC